AAAACCGAAAACAGGAAGUAAUCUUUUGACCACGAUUACUUCUUUGGAAACUUUUAUCUACAAAUAAUACCCGACUUUAAAGUCUAUUAUGAGUACAAUUACGCAGGGAAUCGAUUAAAAGAAGCCUGGAGUUAUAUGUAUUUGCUUUUUUACUUUUAAACUUUUAAAUUUAAGGCGACAUGGGUAAUCAGUCCAGUUUGUUUACAUGGUGAAUCAGCUGACAAGCUAACGUUAGCUUUAUACAACCGAGUCAUAUGAGCUGUUAAUGAACCAGCAACACUGUAUUCAUGGAUGAAACACAACGUUACUGAAGAAGCUAACACGUAUAUUCUCAGGUAGAGGUUUGCCUUUAGUUCCACAAAGCAGAUCAAAGUACAACUAUGCGAAGCUAAGACGCUAACAACGUUAGUCGGACUGGUUCAGUCUUUAGUCAUUGCAUUAGUGGCCAGGUUGAAAAGGCCCCUCGGCGCCUUCAUGACAAAAUGCCCUGUUCCUGUGGGGACUGGAGAAGAUGGAUUCGGCCGUUGGUUGUUGUUCUGUAUAUUUUGUUGCUGAUAGUCGUCCUGCCACUGUGCAUCUGGGAACUGCAAAAGUCAGGGGUUGGUACACAUAACAAAGCAUGGUUCAUUGCUGGGAUAUUUGUCUUCAUGACCAUACCCAUAUCAUUAUGGGGCAUCCUUCAGCAUCUGGUGCACUACACUCAGCCAGAGCUCCAGAAACCUAUUAUCAGGAUAUUAUGGAUGGUGCCGAUUUACAGCUUGGACAGUUGGAUUGCCCUGAAAUACCCCAGUAUAGCAAUUUAUGUGGACACUUGCAGAGAGUGCUACGAGGCCUAUGUCAUCUACAACUUCAUGACUUUCUUACUAAACUACCUGGAAAAUCAGUACCCCAGUUUGGUGUUGAUGCUUGAGGUCCAGGAGCAGCAGAAACACCUGCCACCUCUCUGCUGCUGCCCGCCAUGGCCAAUGGGAGAGGUUUUACUAUUGAGAUGUAAACUGGGAGUGUUGCAGUACACUGUUGUAAGACCUGUCACAACAGUGAUAGCUUUAAUCUGUCAGCUGUGUGGAGUGUACGACGAAGGCAAUUUUAGUUCAGCGAAUGCAUGGACCUACCUGGUUAUCUUCAACAAUAUAUCACAGUUGUUUGCCAUGUACUGCCUGGUGCUGUUCUACCGGGCACUUAGAGACGAACUGAGCCCCAUCAAACCAGUGGGCAAAUUCCUAUGUGUUAAAAUGGUGGUGUUUGUCUCUUUUUGGCAAGCUGUGCUCAUUGCCUUGCUGGUGAAAGUUGGUAUUAUCUCAGAGAAACGUACCUGGGACUGGCAAAGUGUGGAGGCUGUAGCCACUGGCUUACAGGACUUCAUCAUAUGUGUGGAGAUGUUUCUAGCAGCUAUUGCCCAUCACUUCAGCUUCACUUACAAACCUUACAUCCGGGAGGCUGAGGAGGUUUCUUGCUUUGACUCCUUUUUGGCAAUGUGGGACAUCUCUGAUGUCAGAGCAGACAUUUCUGAACAAGUUCGUAAUGUUGGGAGGACAGUUAUGGGUCGUCCAAGGAAGUCAUACUUUGGUGAGGCACAAAAUGAUGGUGAGCGAUCCGGCCUUCUCUCUUCAGCAUCUCAAGAUGCCAUCACUGAAGCUGCAUCCAACCAAGUGUCUCCAAAAGGCCAAUAUCAGGGCCUGGGCAGAACUGUAACACCACAUUCUUUGUCGGCACCUGCUGGGCUUAGUUCAGCCAUGUGUGAUGAAGAUUUAGACCACAAAUCUGAAGAAACUCAAGAGGCAGAAAGGACCGACCAAACCAAAGAACCAGCAGAGGCUGAUCUCAUUGUGAUUACCUAGCUUAGGCUGAUGUCACAGGGCUGGUUGGGCUGGUCCCAGUUAGAGCCUUGCCAUGUUCCGUCAGACAUUAUUAAUGCAAACAAAACAAAGUAAUUUAAAAGGCACAUGUACCUAAAUCAAACAGAAGUUUGCCAACUGGUGCAAAAUUAAAGGACUUCUCUGCUGGUGACAGCUCCAAGAAUGUACAGUAACAGAAGCUCAGGUCUAUCAGUGAGGGCUGCAAUCUACUUCUGCACCAGUGCAUGGUGGUUAGUUGUACAACAUGCCUAAAAGCAGACCUUCAUGUAAGUGGAAUGCAUCCCUCAAUAAUAAACAUGUGCUUGCUGUUUUUCAUGUCAGUGUGUGCUGUGAAGGUUAAUAGCCUACCAUUUAUCUCAGUCCAAGCAGUCUUGCGAUAGAUACUAUGCACGUUGAUAUCGCAAUGAUUAUAAAGUUUUGAUUCAUUGCACAGCCUUUGUUCAUUGAAGUUAUAUCACCAAACCAACUAUAAAUAAUUGUUAAAAUGGUUUUUAUGUUGGCUAAGAGAAUUGUGCAGCACAGUAAAUACUAGGAUCCUUUGUAACUAGGACAGCUGUAGCAAAGCAUCUUUGUCCUUAAAAGUGUCCGGUCUUUGCACGGUUGUUUCAUCAAAUGACAGGAAACACAACUUCUUCUGAAAUCUGAGUGAAAUAUUAUCAAAUUAGUUUUCCAAAUUGGAUUUAUUAUUUAAUUUUCAGUCAGCCACAUCCUUAUGUGACUGAUGAGAGGAGUAUGCAAUGUUUAGAAAAUCACAAUUUCCUUCACUUUCUCUACAUCCUGAUUUGACUGCAUCAACUGAGAGAAUUGUAAUUGCAACCCAGCAUUACUAAAAGCACAUAAAAUGCCCUGAUUUUCUUUUUGUCAUGUUCAGAAAAUGUAUUUUUCUUAGGGCAAGGAAGGAAGGAGCCGAGGCAGAUAAAAGUUUUAGGGAUACAAAGUGUCUCAGUGGGUAUGUUAGAUUAGCUUUAAGCUAUGUCGCCAGAAAAAUAUGUCCUAAUGACUGUGUAUUAUCCAUACAAUAUCAAUAUGAAUACUGUGUAUUGUAAUUACUAAGGAUUUGAGUGGACACUUAAGUACAGUUUAAGUAUUGAAGGGGAAAAAAAAGACAAUUCAUCCUUUAAUGUUA